ACUUCUUCAUUCCUUUUGCAACCACGGUGAUGUACUGAGUUUUUUGCUUUAGUUGAUUUUUUGCUGAUUGAGAAAAGCAGUGACAAAAUGGACGCUAAAGUGAUUUGUGUUGUGUUAUCCUUCGUCGUCCUGGCGGCCGCAGGACCGGUCGUUGAUGACACCAAUGGGCAUAUAGACAAUUCGGUACACACCGGCGGCUCCACCAUCGAGGAAUCCCUCAUGAAGAAACUCAACAACAAAUGCAUCAACCGUGACAUAAGCUCCUGCAUGAUGCUCAAACUCGUGACCUACUUCAACCGCAUGCUGAAGAAACAGUCCAUCGAGUUCGGAGAUGUCGAAAUCACGCAGACCUCAACCGAGACCUUCACCGCCGACACCUCCAGGUCUCUCGAAACGGAAAACAUGUCGGAAGAAGCACAGCUCAGUCAAGUAGUCGCCGAUAAAAUCUACAGUUUCUUGAGGACCAGGUCGCUGAAAUGGAAGAUCAUGGACGGAGCUGACGUGGUAAUUUCCGGAAAAGGCGACAAAGACGGCGGCUUCAACCUCGGCCUCUCCCUCCGCCCCGUGAAGAGCACGGAAGGCGACGCCAGGAAGAAAAAGGACAACGGAAUGGGCGCCAUCAUCGCCGCCGCCGUCAUGAAAAUCGGCCUCCUGAAAGCUCUCGCCUUCAAGGCCCUUGUGCUGCUUGUAGGCAAAGCGCUGCUCGUCAGCAAGUUGGCUCUAGUUUUGGCGGCUAUCAUCGGUUUGAAAAAGUUGCUUCAUCACGAAAAGCACGUGACCUACGAGGUGGUGGCGCACCCCCACCAUGAGCACCACGAGCACCACACCAGUGGGGGCGGACACGACGCGUAUGGAGGAGGCUGGGGAAGGAAUUUCGAUGCCCAAAAUAUGGCCUACCGUGCCCAAAUUCCACAAAAUUAAACUGAAAGUUUGACAGACUGGCGCCAUAUUGGUGCCGUUUUUGCGUGUUGUUUAUUUAUUUUUUUAUUUAUUGUGAGUUGUUAAUAUUUUUUGUAAUAAAAGUUGCACUGUUUAUACAAAAAGGUUUAUAAUGAUUGUU